CUCUUUCGACAGAAUGCGUCCCCGAUAGAACAUCGCCCGCCGCCGCCGCUCGGCCUUGUCGAAUUAUACUCAUUGUACAUACGCGGUAAUCAUGGACCGCAUAGAGGUGGAUAUAUCCAGUUGGCUUGGAAAGCCGCCGGAGAAAUCGAAGAAUACGGAAAAGGACACGGGGGAGGAUGCAGAAGAGACACUCAGCCAGCAGUCCAAGUCCCCAGUCGGCGAUGCUUAUUCCUCGAGCGACUCUGACGACAAUGGCGAUAUUGAACACAGCCCCGAGAAUGACAUUCCAGUGACGGUAUCAGAUGAAGACGAAGAUUCUGUUCGGGAUACUACAUCUCGCCUGCAACACAAUUUCUACAUUGACAUACCGAGGUUAUCGAGAGAAGAGAAAGAAGCGUAUGAGUAUCUGCCCGGUCACUUUUCCGUUCAGAGGGUGCUAUCAAAGCUGGAAGAUGGAAAAUAUCUGAUAAAACGCAAGAGUGGUGAACGAGAUCUCGUUUCUGCACGCGAGUUACGUGCUCUGGACAACGGCUCGUCCUCACUCCAAGAGUUCCAAGAACUGGAUGCUUCUGGGCAAAACAAGCGGAGAUCUGUCAAACAAGCGGCUUCAGGCAUGGUAGAUUGGACGACGAUGGAUAUUUCGGAUACUGGUGAAGAUGAGCCCUCAGCUCCUCAUCGACGUCGUACAUCCGGAGAUGACAGCGAAGUCACGGACGUGGAGAUGAGAGACGAAGCGGAGACGGAAGAAGAAGGCGACUCAGACAUUCCCCAGGAGCAAGGGCGACGCUCGGCACGACUCACUUCAAAGAGAAAGUUCGCUCACCUAAAGGAAGAGCUUGUCGAACUCGACGAUGAUUCCGACCAGCCUCGCGCACGGAGGGAACGCGGUCGAAAGUCUGCAAUGCGACCAAAUCGAGGCUCCAUGCGUACUCUGCGAGCUAGGGGUACAAGAGCAAGAGUCUCUGACACGUCUCCGGAGGUCGUCACCCGUCGUUCAGAAAGAACUCGAACCCAGCCCCACCGGAGCAUGCGCGAGCGGCAAGAAGACGAGAUAUCAAGUCUUGAAGAAGAGAAAUCUGCUCCUAAAGUUGUGGGUGCAAAAGAACACUUCGCUCGAAUCCCUGAUCACGAUCCUUUCAGAAAGCGGCAUCGACAAGAUUGUGACACCUGCAAUUGGACCUCCGAUAAUCCUUCAAAGGGGCCUUUGGUAUUCUGUCAGGGCUGCACGAACUCCUACCACAAGUCAUGUCUUGGACCCAGGGGAAGCCGAGAUCAUUUGGUCACGAAGGUUGGCGAAGGCUUGUUCGUACUGCAAUGCCGAAGGUGCAUUGGGCUGUCUCAAGAAAAGCACAAUUUGGCACCACAUCAAGGUCGUUGUGCUGAUUGCAACGAGCUGGGCGCCUGCUCGCGGCCUUUGCGCAACCGUCUCACCAGUCGUCAGGAACAAGCUCAGAGAGAAGAAAACGGCGGGACAGAUCCUAUCACUAUCGUCGAACCGGAUAUGCUCAACAACAUCACACAUGUCAUGUUCAGAUGUGCACAAUGCAAUCGGGCAUGGCAUAUGCAUCAUCUUCCUCAACGCAAAACGGCCCAUUCAUCGCUUGAAGCUGAAGAUGAAGAAAUGUUAGAUGAGGUUGAACUUGCACAAAAGCGUUUUGAGCACUAUCACCGAUCGUGGACUUGCAAAGACUGUAUCGAGAACCAACAUCAAAUUGACGCUCUCGUUGCAUGGCGACCGGUUAAUCUCGAAGCCUAUGCUCCUGGUACCGUCGUGGAUCAGGUCCCAGAAAUUGAAAAGGAAUACCUCGUCAAAUGGAGAGCUCAGUCCUACUUUCGCACCACAUGGAUGCCAGGGACCUGGGUCUGGGGCAUAGCCGCCGGACAAAUGCGUCUGGCAUUCAUGAAGAAACCCGAGAAUCAGCUGCCAAAGAUGACGACUGCAGAUGCAAUACCAGAAGAGGUCUUUCGCGUUGACAUCGUCUUCGAUGUACGAUAUUCGAGUGUUGUUAGGAACAGCACCAAAGAAAUCGAUCUGGCCCGUGUCAAAGAAGUCGAGCUAGCAUUCGUCAAGUAUAAGGGUCUCGGUUACGAGGAUGCGAUUUGGGAGAAGCCUCCAACUUAUGCUGACACCGAACGAUGGAAUGACUUCAAAUUGGCAUACGAAGACUAUGUCAACAAGUUGCACGUCUCGAUUCCUCCUCAGUCCACGCUACGACGGCAUCUUAUUCACGUCCGGGCCUUAGACUUUUCGACCAACAUCAUCAAGAAAACUCAGCCGUCCGCCAUAACUGGUGGUGAAUUGAUGCAAUACCAAUUAGAGGGCUUGAACUGGCUCCUCUUCCAAUGGUAUCAGAAUCAGAAUGCUGUCCUAGCAGAUGAGAUGGGCUUGGGUAAGACUAUCCAACUGAUUUCAUUCUUCGCCACCCUUGUUCACGAUCACAAAUGUUGGCCUUUCCUCGUUGUCGUCCCAAACGCAACUUGUCCCAAUUGGCGGCGAGAAAUUAAGAAGUGGGCUCCAUCUCUUACGGUCGUUACCUACUAUGGAUCCUCGGUUGCAAGGAAGCUCGCGCAGGAUUAUGAACUAUUUCCCAAGGACAAAGAUGAUGAGGAGAAACGGAAACAGAAGAAGAGCAGAUCAGAAGUCAAAGACAUCAAAGCUCACCUCGUCGUGACCUCUUAUGAGGCCAUUGUGGAGGAUUCCGUGCGGAAGAAUCUGAUGAGAGUGCCCUGGCAAGGUCUCAUUGUUGAUGAAGGGCAGCGGCUGAAAGGCGACAAGACUCAGAUCUAUGACAGCCUCUCGAAAUUCCGCUUCCCGUUCAAGGUCCUCUUGACCGGUACUCCGUUGCAGAACAAUGCUCGUGAGUUGUUCAAUCUACUGCAGUUCCUGGACAAGAACAUGAAUGCCGCCGAACUCGAGAUAAAGUACGCCAAUCUUACGCAGGAAAAUGUGCCGGAGCUGCACGAGACUCUGAGAAAAUUCUUCCUCCGACGUACCAAAGCACAGGUCUUGACGUUCCUCCCGCCAAUGGCGCAAGUCAUCGUGCCCGUGAGUAUGUCAAGUGUGCAGAAGAAGGUUUACAAGUCGAUCUUAGCAAGAAACCCGCAGUUGAUGAGAUCAAUAUUUGCUCGAGAAGGCGCUGUUGCACCAAAAGAACGAGCCAAUCUGAACAACAUCCUCAUGCAGUUACGGAAAACGCUCUGUCAUCCGUUUGUGUACAGCCGAGAUAUUGAAGAGCGUACGGUUGACACAACGGUUGCUUUUCAAAAUUUGGUCGGAGCCUCGGGCAAGUUACAUUUGCUUUCCAUUAUGCUGCCGAAGCUCUUUGAACGCGGUCAUCGUGUCCUGAUGUUCAGCCAGUUUCUCGACAAUUUGGAUAUCAUCGAGGACUUUCUUGACGGACUUGGGCUUCAACAUCGUCGUCUCGAUGGCACAAUCUCGGCAGCCGAGAAGCAGAAGCGGAUCGAUGAGUUCAAUGCUCCCGAUUCACCAUACUUCGCAUUUCUCCUAUCUACUAGGGCUGGUGGCGUUGGUAUUAAUUUGGCGACGGCCGAUACGGUUAUCCUCCUGGAUCCUGAUUUCAAUCCCCAUCAAGAUAUUCAAGCUUUGUCACGGGCUCACCGUAUCGGCCAGAAGCACAAGGUUCUUGUGUUCCAACUCAUGGUUCGGGAUAGUGUCGAGGAGAAGAUCAUGCAGAUUGGGCGGAAAAAGAUGGCGCUGGAUCAUGUCCUCAUUGAACGAAUGGGUCGAGAGGACGAUGCUGGAGAGGAUCUUGAGUCGAUUCUAAGACAUGGUGCUCAAGCUCUUUUCGAGGGCGACUCUGAGGCGGAUGACAUUGUCUAUGAUUCCGCCUCAGUCGAUCGUCUGCUUGAUCGGUCUCAGAUUGAGGACACCAAGACCAGUGAAGAAAAAUCUGCCGAAUCGCAAUUCAGCUUCGCCAGAGUCUGGGCGAAUGACAAGUCGACGUUGGAAGAGGACUUGGCUGACACCGGGACGAGCACACCUAAUCCAGGCAUUUGGGAUAAGAUUUUACAAGAGCGUGAGCGCACAUUUGCCGAAGAACAAGCCAGAAAGGCAGAGGCAUUUGGUAGAGGGAAGCGCAAACGUCAGACUGUCGACUACGGCGGCAUAGGCGAUGGCGACCCAGAAGACAAAGACAAAGACAAGGACAAAGACAAACUCAAAGCAAAACGGGGACCCAAAAGAGUUGACCCAGACUAUCAAGAGCCCGCAGAUAUACCCGAGGAAGAAGAUAAUCUGACUGCCGAAGACACAGAUGUGACUCCCAAACGCACGGUCAAAGCGCGGCCCUUCAAACGAGUGAGAGUUCCCCUUGGACAAGCACCUCACUUCAACGGAGAUGCAGCAUUUGAUUUUGGUCCCGUUCACAGCAUGCCCCCACCACAUCUAUGCUCUGCAUGUGGUGAGAGUCAUCCUAUGGGCUGGUGUCGACUCAAAGUAGCUGGUGUGGAGCAUUGCGGGCUAUGUGGGAUUGCACACCUAGGACAUGGACGAACCUGUCCUCAUGUGAAUGAUAACAAACAGGUGGCCAUCCUGUUGCAGACUUUGAAGGAGAGCACGGAGAGCCGGGAAUUAAUUGAGCAGGCUACGAAAUACCUGCGGAGCAUUCGCGGAGAUUUAAUGCAGCGAGAACGAGCUCGGGAGCUCAGAGAGCUACAAGCUAUUGCACAGGAUCAGAGACCGACGAACAUGCGGCCAAGCUGAGUCGACGAGGAGACACAAGGCUGGGUGAAAUGCAUAUGGCUGUCAUCGGAAGACACAAGGUUUUAGCUGGCGAGUCAUGAAUGCGCGGCCUGCUGUUUUUAGAGACAAACGGUAAUAGCCGCAUAUGCCAGGCUUAAUUGAAUACAGGUGCGCACGUUCUCUUGGAGAACUUUCAUCUGGUUCAGCG